AUGUCUGGGACCGAGCUCCCAUCCCCGCGGAUCCGGCGGAAGCAAAAGGCUCCGAAAUCGGUGUCUACUUGUGGCAUUUCUCCUUCGUGCUUCGGUUUGGUGAGGGUUCCCCGGUUCCGCGCGCCCACCCUGCCCGCAGCUAGCUCCAGAAAAGACCGGGAACCCGUAAUUCGCCCCGCCUCGGCUGACACCUGCCUGAGCACCCUGGAGCUGUUGAAGGACGUGCACCUGGGCCUGGCUCUGCCCUGCCACGAUCCCGCCCGACUGGCCCUCCUCUCGGGACACUACCUUUACUAUCACUACGGCUGCGAUGGACUGGAUGACCGCGGCUGGGGAUGUGGCUACCGCACGCUGCAGACACUGUGCUCUUGGCCAGAGGGCCAGUCUUCCAGCGUGCCUGGGCUGGCAGCCAUACAGGCUGCCCUGGAGGACAUGGGCGAUAAGCCCCCAGGGUUCCGGGACUCUCGGGACUGGAUUGGCUGUGUAGAGGCCAGUCUCUGCCUGGAACACUUUGGAGGACUUCAGGGGCGCCUAUGCCACGUGCCCCGUGGAGCCGGACUUCUGGGAGAACUGGAGCGGCUUUAUUCCCACUUCAUGGAGGGCGGUGGCCCAGUAAUGGUGGGAGGGGAUGCAGAUGCUCAGUCUAAAGCCUUGCUGGGAAUCUGUGAGGGGCCAGGUCCGGAAACCUAUAUAUUGAUACUGGACCCACACUACUGGGGCACUCCGAAGAACAGGAGCGAACUGCAAGCUGCUGGGUGGGUGGGCUGGCAAAAGGUAAGCAGUGUCUUUGAUUCCAGUUCCUUUUACAACCUGUGCUUGACCAGACGUACCUGAAUCGACCCACCCUGCCUGCACUGUGGGACAGGCUCCAGAACUGAGACUGCUCACUGGUCUCUUCCACCACCAAAACUCUGGGACGGGGCAAUGGCACAGGCAUGUGGAUCUGCGUUCAAAGCCAGCCUGGUGGUCUACCCAGCAAGUUCUAGCUAGCCAGGGUUAGAGGGACACUUCUCAAAAACAGUAAUAAACUGGCACAGUUCAGCUGA